AUGAAUAACCAGACAUUGAUAACAGAGUUUAUCCUGCAGGGCUUCUCAGAGUACCCAGAAUACUGGAUUCUCUUAUUCAGCUGUUUCCUUUCCCUCUACUCUGUAGCUCUCAUAGGUAAUUUCCUCAUCAUUUUGGCCAUCUCGUUUAAUCCUGGACUUCAUACACCUAUGUAUUUUUUCUUGUUCAACUUGGCUACAAUGGACAUUAUCUGCACCUCCACCAUUAUGCCCAAAGCGUUGAAAGGUCUUAUAUCUGAAGAGAACGUCAUCUCCUAUGGUGGUUGCAUGACCCAGCUCUAUUUCCUUACAUGGUCUGCAUCCUCUGAGCUCCUCCUCCUCACAGUCAUGGCAUAUGACCGGUAUGCAGCCAUCUGUCACCCUCUGCAUUAUAGCACCAUAAUGAGCAAGGCAUUCUGCAGCAUGUUGGCUGCAGGUGUGUGGACACUCUGUGCCUUCAAUACAGCUAUCCAUACUGGGCUGAUGCUUCGAUUGAAUUUCUGUGGUCCCAAUGUAAUUACCCAUUUUUUCUGUGAGGUUCCUCCUCUGUUACGUCUUUCCUGUAGUUCCACUUAUGUGAACAGUAUCAUGAUAGUUCUGGCUGAUGCCUUUUAUGGCAUAUUGAAUUUCCUAAUGACCAUUGUGUCAUACAGUUUCAUUAUCUCUAGCAUCCUAAAGAUGAGGACCAAGGAAGGGAAAAAGAAAGCCUUCUCUACCUGCUCUUCCCAUCUCAUUGUUGUGUGCAUGUACUAUUCUGCUGUCUUUUAUGCCUACAUAAGUCCAGUCUCCAGUUACAGUGCAGAGAAGAGCAAAUUGGCUGGUGUGCUUUACACGAUGCUAAGCCCUACCCUCAAUCCUCUCAUCUACACUUUGAGAAACAAGGAGGUCAAAGCAGCCCUCAGGAAGCUUUUCCCAUUCUUCAGAAAUUAA